CGAUACCUUAAAAGACAAUAUUGUCGCAGUGUGUUGCGGCUGUGCACGCUCCCCGCGCCUUCUGUCUCUGACUUCCUUGUGCUCGCGCGCACGUCGGCUAUCAUCAGGUGGCCAUUGUUCUCCACGGCUGCUCAAACUGACCCCAGUGCAGCAAGGUCCAGUACCGCGGUUACCUCCAAGCCCCGCCCCUUCCUCUUCCAGCGCUCAGCAUCUCCAAUCACCAUCACCCCUCCCCCAAAUCUCUCCUCGUGAAUCCAGCGACUGAUUGACAGAUAAAACACAGGAAACUGCUCCAGAAACGCGACGAUACGCUCCAACGUUGUAGUUUUCCGCCGAGUCAUUUUUCCCCUCAACAAGUCAUAUUUUGCUUCUCCCCUGGGCUCUCUCUGUUUUUUUAUCUGAAGCUGACGCGUCUUCCUCCCGAGGUAGUUGAGUUGUAGCCUUGAGGUGUAGCCUUCGUCCAAGACCCAGCAUGUUAGAUCCGUCUUCCAGUGAGGAGGAAGGGGAUGAGAUCCUGGAGGUGGAGCGCAAAGAGGUGGCGGCCCCAAAGAGCGUCAGAGGAGCGCGGCCGUUACCCAGCGGAGCCAGCGACGGUCAAAGCGGCACAGGGGGGCUUCAGCCCCGGGGCCGAGCCAGCGCGGGUGGCCGAGCCUCAAGCCCCAGCCCGUCGGUGGGCAGCGACAAAGAGAAAGAGGACCUUGAGAAGAUGCAGAGGGAGGAAGAGGAGAGGAAAAAGAGACUCCAGCUGUAUGUGUUUGUCAUGCGUUGUAUCGCAUACCCGUUUAACGCAAAGCAGCCCACUGACAUGGCGAGAAGGCAGCAGAAGAUCAGUAAGCAGCAGCUGCAGACGGUCAAAGAGCGUUUCCAGGCAUUCCUCAAUGGAGAAACGCAGAUCGUAGCGGACGAGGCUUUCAUCAACGCAGUCCAGAGCUACUAUGAGGUUUUCCUGAAAAGCGACAGAGUGUGUCGGAUGGUGCAGAGCGGGGGCUGCUCAGCCAGUGACUCUCGGGAGGUUUUUAAGAAGCACAUCGAGAAGCGUGUGCGCAGUUUGCCAGAGAUCGAUGGCCUGAGUAAAGAGACUGUGCUCAGCUCGUGGAUGGCCAAGUUUGACACCAUCUACCGCGGGGAGGAGGACCCAAGGAAGCACCAGCAGAGACUGACGGCCAGCACCGCCUCUGAACUCAUCCUGAGCAAAGACCAGCUGUAUGAGAUGUUUCAGCAGAUUCUGGGCAUCAAGAAGUUUGAGCACCAACUCCUUUAUAAUGCUUGCCAGCUGGACAAUCCAGAUGAACAAGCAGCUCAGAUCAGAAGAGAACUGGAUGGAAGGUUACAAAUGGCAGACCAGAUUGCUCGUCAGCUCGGCGGAAGGUUCCCAAGGUUUGCGUCCAGAGAGAUGGAGGCCAUGUUUAUCGAAGAGCUGCGGUCCUCCGUCAACUUGCUGAUGGCCAACCUGGAGAGCAUGCCGGUGUCCAAAGGAGGAGAGUUUAAGCUGCAGAAGCUGAAGCGAGGUCACAACACGUCUAUUAUAGACAUGGGCCAGGAGGAUGAGAACAUCCUGUCCAAAUCCGACGUGGUGCUAUCCUUCACCCUGGAGGUGGUCAUCAUGGAGGUGCAGGGUCUGAAGUCGUUGGCACCAAACAGAAUAGUUUACUGCACCAUGGAGGUGGAGGGAGGACACAAACUACAGACAGACCAGGCCGAGGCCUCCAAACCCAUGUGGGGAACCCAGGGGGAUUUCACGACGACGCAGCCGCUACCUGCCGUGAAAGUGAAGCUCUUCACUGAAAGCACUGGAGUGUUGGCCCUGGAGGACAAGGAGCUUGGACGGGUGGUGCUCCAUCCAACGCCAAACAGUCCCAAGCAGUCUGAGCUGCACAAGAUGUCAGUUUCCAAAGGCUGCCCAGACAGUGACCUCAAGAUCAAAUUGGCUAUUCGCAUGGACAAACCGCAGAACAUGAAGCAUUGUGGGUACUUGUUUGCGAUUGGCAAAAAUGUGUGGAAAAGAUGGAAGAAACGAUUCUUUGUGCUCGUUCAGGUGAGUCAGUACACCUUUGCGAUGUGCAGCUACCGAGAAAAGAAGGCAGAGCCAGUGGAGCUGCUCCAGCUGGAUGGCUAUACCGUGGACUACACCGACCCACAACCAGGACUGGAUGGCGGCCGGGCAUUCUUUAAUGCUGUGAAAGAGGGCGAAACAGUCAUCUUUGCCAGUGAUGACGAGCAGGACCGAAUUCUGUGGGUGCAGGCCAUGUAUCGGGCCACCGGCCAAUCACACAAGCCAGUCCCUCCCACCCAAGUCCAGAAACUCAACUCUAGAGGGGGCGCAGCGCCACAGCUUGAUGCACCGAUAUCUCAGUUCUAUGCUGAUCGAGCCCAGAAGCAUGGCAUGGAUGAGUUUAUUUCCGCCAAUCCCUGUAACUUUGACCAUGCUUCCCUCUUUGAACUAGUCCAACGCCUCACUUUGGACCACAGACUCAAUGACUCUUACUCCUGCCUGGGCUGGUUCAGUCCCGGUCAGGUGUUCGUCUUGGACGAGUAUUGCGCUCGCUACGGAGUUCGAGGCUGUCAUCGUCACCUGUGUUACCUGAGCGAUCUCCUGGAGAGGGCAGAGAAUGGAGCUAUGAUCGACCCGACCCUCCUGCACUACAGCUUUGCUUUCUGUGCCUCCCACGUCCAUGGAAAUAGUCAACGUGUGUCAGAGUUGUUGAACUGGCCGGUAUCGGAGGCCGAACUUGAAAGAAUCCUUUUCCCCUCUGCCCCUGAGCCCCCCCCCCAAAGUGUUAGGAGAGAACUCAGAAUCAUGAAGAAAAUGGACCUCGUGUCUCAACUUUUAUCCAGACCAAGAAGGCCUGAUGGCAUUGGUACCGUAACCGUAGAGGAGAAGGAGCGCUUUGAGGAGAUCAAGGAAAGGCUUCGAGUGCUUCUAGAAAACCAGAUUACACAUUUCAGGUAUUGCUUUCCAUUCGGACGCCCAGAGGGUGCACUGAAAGCAACACUGUCCCUGCUUGAAAGGGUUUUGAUGAAAGAUGUUGUCACCCCGGUUCCACAAGAGGAAGUCAAAGCUGUGAUCCGUAAGUGUCUGGAGCAAGCAGCUUUGGUCAAUUACCAGCGCCUGUCAGAGUACGCCAAACUAGAAGGGAAAAAGAGAGAGAUGUAUGAGCAUCCUGUCUUCUGCUUGGCGUCUCAAGUGAUGGAUUUAACCAUUCAGAAUGUUGGCCAACUAGCCACUCCUGCAAAGAAACUGGAGGACACCAUUCGCUUGGCUGAGCUGGUAAUUGAGGUGCUGCAGCAGAAUGAGGAACACCAUGCUGAGGCCUUUGCGUGGUGGUCAGACCUGAUGGUGGAACACGCUGAGACCUUCUUGUGUCUUUACUCGGCUGACAUGGACGCAGCUCUUGAGGUUCAGCCUCCAGACAGCUGGGACAGUUUCCCCCUCUUUCAGCUGCUCAAUGACUUCCUGAGGAUGGACUAUAACCUCUGCAACGGGAAGUUUCACAAACACCUGCAAGACCUGUAUGCCCCCCUGGUGGUGCGCUAUGUGGACCUGAUGGAAUCAUCCAUUGCUCAGUCUAUUCAUAGAGGCUUUGAAAGGGAAUCAUGGGAACCAGUCAAGGGUAGAGCAGGCGCUCUGCCAAAUGUCAACCUCCAAAUGCCCAAAGUACCAAAUCUAACAGUACCAAGUGUUAACCUCUCACAAAUGCCCAUCUUUUCUCCACCCAACUGGAUGACAUCGAAUGAUGACUCAGACAACGGCUCAGGGACGUCAGAGGAUCUGUUUUGGAAGUUGGAUGCUCUGCAGACCUUCAUCCGAGAUCUUCACUGGCCAGAGGAGGAGUUUGGCAAACACCUGGAGACCCGACUGAAACUGAUGUCCAGUGACAUGAUUGAAUCCUGUAUAAAAAGAACUCGUGCAGCAUUCGAGGCCAAGCUUCAGAGGAGCAGUCGGGCUACAGACUUCCGAGUGCCGCAGUCUAUCUGCACCAUGUUUAACGUCAUGGUGGAUGCCAAAGCUCAGUCUGCCAAGCUGUGCGCCAUGGACCUGGAUCAAGAGUUUGUUAGAGACUGGCGACAGUACCAUUCCCAAAUUGACUAUCUCAUUGAGGAGACGGUGAAGGAGAUGAUAACUCUGCUAGUAGCAAAGUUUGUGGUCAUUCUGGAAAGUGUAUUAGCGAAGCUCUCCAGAUACGAUGAAGGAACGCUCUUUUCCUCUUUUCUUUCUUUCACAGUGAAAGCUGCCUCAAAAUAUGUGGACGUGCCUAAGCCCGGAAUGGAUGUAGCUGACGGUUACGUGACCUUUGUCCGUCACUCCCAGGACAUGCUGCGGGAGAAGGUCAAUGAGGAAGUGUACAUUGAACGAUUAUUUGAUCAAUGGUACACCAGCACGAUGAACCUUCUCGGCACGUGGCUCACUGACCGCAUGGACCUGCAACUGCAUGUCUAUCAGCUGAAGAUUCUCAUCAGAGUUGUCAAGAAAAAGUACCGUGACUUCCGCCUCCAAGGCGUCCUGGACUCCACGUUAAACAGCAAGAUGUACGAGACCGUCAGAAAUCGGCUGACCUUGGAAGAAGCGACUGCCUCGGUGAGAGAGGGCGGGAUGCAAGGCAUUUCCAUGAAGGACAGUGAUGAAGAGAGCAAUGAUAACUAAAGUGAGUUCAGCGAUGUGCUGCCUGGCAAACACUUUGUCAGCUGUUUGUUCUCCGUCCGUGUGAGAGUUCCUUGUUUAUUUCUGUGGUCAAGGGUACUGAAAUAUUGUGUCAGUGUCAGACAUGAAAUAACACUUGGAUUUCUAUUGUGCUGGUUUAACAUCAAGCCUGCAGAAGAUGUUAUGUUAUGUUUUUAUCCGUGUGUAAUUAAACUUCCAAAUGUUCUCAUGCAAUACGGUUGACAUUUUUUGCCCACUUGUGGAACUAAGACUAUACUGACUGAGCAGCUACUGCAUGUUGUAUUUUUUUAAGCAGGGAGGGGUGUGGGGGUCUUAUGUUGCUUGGGAUCCUCGUCACCUUUCAUUGAAACUUUGAAAGUGUCAUCAAAGCGGACAUGUGUUCAUCGAUGCUUGUAAGUGAAGACAGUCUAGGCCCACGCAGCAGAAGUAAGGCCAACACGGAUGUUUUCAAAAAGGCACAUUCCCUUCCAUUCAUGUGCGCAAAAAACACAUUCACCGGAUGUCAGGCGCAUUUUGGCCAAUCAGAAGCCUGAAAAAGCAACUACAGUUGCCUCUGUUCAUCGAUUUAGUGAGAUAUUAGAUGUACAAUGACGUGUACAUUAUCUUUAAAAUGAGCACAAACUCACACAAAGCCCUGGAAACAAAAGCGAUUUUUUUCUUUUAAUCACCCGUGCGUGUUAUCAGGUGCCCGCAAGUCGCUAACGUCAUGUUCUGUUGUUAAAUCAGGUUUAAAAACAUGCGACCAUGUUGCACUUUUAUGAUGACACAACCCAGAGGUGGGAGCAAGUCAGUGUUCUGCACGUCUCCAGCAAGUCACGAGUCUUUAAUCCCAAAUCUCAAGUCAAGACCAAACAGGUCGAGGCAAGUCCGAAGUCAUAGCUUGAAAUUUUCAAAUCCUUACCAGUCAUAAGCAGCAAGUGUUUACUAGGGAUGUCCGAUAAUAUCGGCCACGAUAUUGCCAUAAAAAUGUGAUAUGGGUUGAUAUCGGUAUCGUGUUUUUCCCUAUAAUGAAAACCGAUAAUAAAACACUGCUGUAUAUACUGUACAGGCCUACGGGCUCCCGUACUUGCCGUCAUCGAGGCAUCCAGCGGCGCCAAUCGAUGGAAAUACUUCGUCACGUCCUGUGUUAUUCCUCGCAGUCGGAACUGGGCUUGAUAUGUUGAAACCACGAGCAUGGGUGUGCCGCAGAUAACACCGACGUUAGCUAACUCGUUAGCUUGUAGCGGCGCCGGCCCGGUCUCGUUGUCUCUGUUGUCAAUCAACAUUUUUACCCAUGUCGAGGGUCACCAAAUGUGGAGAUGCGAUUCACGAGACAGGAGUCGAGGUAGGUGGCACCAAUCAGUUUACUCUCAACUCGGCAACAAGCAACGACUCUUUAGCAAUAGCUAAGUGGCUACAACAACCUCAUGACCUGCAAACGGAAGUACACUUGUUCAUUCCGUGAGUGAUAUGUGAUGUUACACACAUCGGUGUCGGUUGAUAUCGGAUUCGGAAAUUGAGAGUUGGGCAAUAUCGGCAUAUCGGUUAUCAGGAAAAACGCCAAUAUCGGACAUCCCUAGUGUUUACCAAAUAAAAUACUAUGACCUCGUAGUUUACGAAUGCAAAUUAAAUUCCACUCGCAUCAUGACACGUCACGGUGUUAAUCGCUGCCCCUCUCUAGCAGUCAGGCGUUCACAGAAAUGUAAGCCACACCCUUGUUGGUUGUUCUUAAACCUGAUUGGAUGGCGUGUGGAAAAAUGAGCUUUUGACCAUGAUGGACAGCAGUUUGUCCAGUGUCCUCCUGUCUCUCACUGUUACAAACGCCUCCAACUGAGCGCCGAUAACUUGUUCGGCUUUCCGGACGAGUUUGUCCAUCUGGUUUGUGUCCUUUUUGCUGGUGCUGCUCCCCCAGCAAACCACAGCAAAGUGCAGGCCACUGGCUGCCACAGACUGGUAGAAAAGACAUGAUCAAUCGAUCAAUCGUUGUUAAUUGUCAUGGUGGACAACAAACGGAGCCCCAAUUUUUGUUCCUAGAAAUACGGCAUUGAAAUAAAUCAAUACUGCAAAGCAUACAGAGAUUGUCGAUAGUUUUAAUGUGUGUUCCUUCAAAUUCUCACCAGCUUGUACGAAUGGCAACGCAAACUGCCUAGAACGUCUCUAUGGUCACUUAUCUAACAGAGAGUAAGAUAGUUUGCGUUUAUAAUGUCAACAUUUUGUCCAUGUGUUCCAUUUCAAACCAAAUGUUUUGUUGUGGUCAAAUAUCCUGUCAGUUAGUUUGUGUUUCUUGAUUUCCAACUUCAUGUACCGUUCCUUCCAGAAGGAUGGAAUGACGGAAUGGUUUGUGUUUUUGACUGGAUAGCAGGAAUGGUGUUUGUACUGUUUUGGGGUCAGUGUUUACCUCCUGUAAAAGUGCUGCAUGUCCUCGGUAUUCACUUUCCAAGUGUUCUUGCCCCGUCAUGUGACGUUACGGAUUUGGGCUGGUCGUGCUUCCGAGUCCCGGCAGAACCCACCGCGACCAAGAGCAUCUGAAUAAACGUGAAAGAAUGGACAGAAUUUCUUGCCUCGGUUCUUGUGUUUCUUCCGUGUGUGUGUGUAAAAAGUGGACUUGAAGUGUAAAGUUGUGUAACGGCGUAAUUACAAAUUUGAUUCGACAGGGGAAGUAGACUGCAAAAAAUACAUUUUUACUAAUCCGCCACGCUGCCCUCGCCUCCACCACGGAGCAGCAUUUUCUUAAGAAAAAUGAGAGAUUAGUGCGGAUUAAAGCAUCGUUCAUCUUGAGAGUUGAUAUUACCGUCCAGAAGGAGAUUGAAAGAAUUGCCGGAGAUCAAAUCAACAAUGACCAAAAUCAAAUCAAGGGCUCAAGAUGGAAGCUAAAACCAGAGUAAGGUGGGAUUAGUUAUAAUAUAGUCCCAA